UUUCCUCACAAUUUUAAGGUUGCAACUGGUGAUCCUAAAUUGUAUGUGGUACCUUGUUUGGCCUUCGAUGUUGAGACAGAGACGUUUGUACCAAAACUUACGAUGAAAGAGAUGUGCACUUGUACAGUUCCCAAUUGUGCUUGAUAAAAGAAGGACAAAAAGAGAGAGAGAUAACUUUUCAUGAAAAACGUUUUGCGCCAAAACCUAAUUUUCUGGUUUUGCUUUCAUACUAGGGCGCUUAGAACUAGAUUAAUUAAAAGUUAAUCUGAACGUUGAAAUCAAGAAUAUCAUCCGGUCUCCUUUUACACUAAAAGUCAAUAUGAAAAGUUGAUUAGUUAUGCUCCCACUUUGUUGAUCUCAAGGUGACAUCCUAAUGUGAUACCAGUAGAGAAAAAUUUGUUCUAUAAAUACAGAUCAGCUAUUCAGCUUAAUCAUUCUGAACAUGCAAAUUGCCAAGCAAAACAUGGUUAUGCGUUAUGCUUUGCUCCAUAUGUUCUUCUUGCUUUCACUGGUGGUGGCACCACCGUCAAUUGCUACCACCACUACCAACAUCACAAAAUCUGGCUGCCAAAGAAGUUGUGGUAACGUAGAAAUUCCAUACCCAUUCGGUAUCGGCCCAAAUUGUUCUAUGAACUCGUACUUUAACAUUCACUGCAAUACUUCUAUCAACCCUCCAAAACCUUACCUCCUCUCAGAUAAUUCCUCCGAGCUUCCCGAAGAAGUCUCUCAUUACUUAGAGGUUGUUAAUAUCUCAAAAUCCCAAAUCUAUGUUAAGAAAUCGGAGCUGCAGCUGGCAAGGAGUUGCUAUGGCAUGCCGACCAAUGACAAUACGUUGAAUUAUUCUAUAUACCUCAAUUUUGAAUCUACUCCGUAUACCUUGUCAGAUGAAAAUCAACUGAUAGCAGUUGGUUGUGAUGACUUGGCUAUUGUGCAACAAUUUUCAGACCAAAUCCAUAACUACAGCGGUAUUGGUUGUCUGUCGUUCUGUCCAUACCUUGCAAAUCAUUCCAUCGGAUCAUGCCCUCUCUGGGGCUGUUGCCAAACCUCCAUAUCCAAAACUGACUAUCUCAAUGUUCGACUGGUCGACAUGCAUACUAACUGGGCUCCCAAUAGCAAAUAUUACCAGUGUAGUUUUGCCACCGUUGGAAUGAUCGGCGAUCUUGGUAAUUUCACUUUCAAAUUGUCUGAUCUCAACGAUUCAACAUCAUUUCUAAAGAAUAAUAAAGAGUUUACGGAUAGACCAUUGGUAUUAGAUUGGAGAAUUGGUCCUGAUUUGAAUUGUAACAAAACUUCAUGUGGAGAGCAUAGUUCUUGCAUUAACCUGAACGUAGGCAAUGGAGGAUAUCAUUGCAGGUGCAAGGAAGGAUACGAGGGCAAUCCUUACCUAGGGUGCCAAGAUAUUGAUGAAUGCAAGAAUAAUCCUUGCGCCUUCCAUGGCUUUUGCAACAAUACCUCGGGUUCUUAUAAGUGUGGUUGUCCCGAUGGUUAUUAUGGUGAUGGCAAAAUAAAUGGUACUGGUUGCAGACAAGUGCCCGCGUCUCAUAGCAAAGUGAUAAUAGGAGUAGGCUUGGGCUCUGGAAUGGGGUUGUUACUUCUAUUAUCAACUUCCUUUUGGUUGUACAAGUUUCACAAGAAGAGAAAAAUUAGGAAGCGUAAACAAAAGUUCUUCAAACGAAAUGGUGGACUCUUGUUGAAACAAAUAUCAAGUGCUGAAGGUAUACUUGAGAAAACACGAAUUUUCACUUCUAAAGAACUAGAGACAGCGACUGACCACUUUAAUGAAAGUCGGAUACUUGGUAAAGGAGGUCAAGGGACUGUAUAUAAAGGUAUGUUAUCUGAUGGAAAAAUCGUAGCUAUAAAGAAAUCCAUCUCAAUAAAUGAAAAUCAAGUUGGACAAUUCAUUAACGAAGUUGUCAUGCUUUCACAAGUCGUUCAUAGGAAUAUUGUUAAGCUAUUAGGAUGUUGUCUGGAAACGGAAGUUCCUUUAUUAGUUUAUGAAUUCAUUUCCAAUGGAACUCUUUUCAAUCAUAUACAUGAUGAGAGCGAUGAAUUCCUAUUUUCAUGGAAUCUACGUUUGAAAAUUGCUGUAGAAGUCGCAGAAGCACUUGCAUAUCUUCACUCUGCAACAUCUAUUCCCAUAUAUCACAGAGACAUUAAGUCAUCCAACAUACUUUUGGAUGAAAAAUACAUACCAAAAGUCGUCGAUUUUGGAAUUUCAAUGUCAAUUGCAGUGGAUCAAACUCAUCAAACUACCUUAGUAAAAGGGACAUUCGGAUACUUAGAUCCGGAGUACUUUCAGUCAAGUCAGUUUACAGAGAAGAGUGAUGUUUACAGUUUUGGAGUUGUUCUUAUCGAACUCUUGACUGGACAAAGACCAAUAUCUUUGGAUAGAAUGGGAGAACAAAGAAGUUUAGCCACAAGUUUUUUGCUAUGCAUGGAAGAAGAAAAUCUUGAAACACUUCUUGACACCCAAGUUUUACAGCAAGGUAGUAGAGAAGAGAUUAUUGCAGUGGCCAAAGUUGCGCAAAGGUGCUUGAAUUUGAAUGGAAAGAAAAGGCCAAAUAUGAAAGAAGUAGCCAUGGAGUUGGAGAGUGUUAGAAUGUCUCAAACACUUUCAACAACUUUUGAAACUAAAUAUCAAGGUGUACAAUUGCACAAGCCUAAAUCAAUAUUGGUUUCUAAUGAUGACUACACAUGGAGAAGUACUAGUGACAAUACCAUUCCAUCAUCGAACACUUAUCCCCUAGAGAUUUACACAGUUUGAUGCCAUUCAGUGGUUUCUGAACAAUUUUUUUUUAUUGUUAGCAACUAUCUAUUUUUGUAAUUGUUUAUUUAAGCAAUUAAUAGCAUUAUCUAGAAAUUUUGCAUUAUCAAAUAGUUCCACAUAUUCUAUCUAUUAACA